UGACGGGGCGGAGCAGAGAAGCAGGAAACACACCGCUGCUGCUGCUGCUGCUGCUGCUGCUGCUGGAAGUCACAAGAAAGCUCUCCAUCAUGGCCUACCAGGCAGGGUUUCCAGAGGAGCCCAGCGCUCUGGUGAACAACAUCAGCUCCAACAUCCAUAAGCUGACACUGCUGACGUCUGAGCUGCAGAGGGCAGUUUCUCUGGUGGGGACGGAGCAGGACAGCAGCCAGCUACUACACACCCUGCAACAGAAACAGCAACAAGGCAACCAGUUAGCGAAGGAGACUGACAAACUGAUGAAAGCAUUCAGUGCACUUCCUGUUGGCCCCGAUCAGCGUCAGAGAAAGUUACAGAAAGAGCGUCUAGUGAACGACUUCUCCGCCGCCCUGAACAGCUUCCAGAGGACCCAGCGGCAGGCGGCUGACAAAGAGAGAGACUUUGUGGCGAGAGUCAGAGCCAGCUCCAGGGUGUCGCAGGGAGGACAGCCUGAUGACAGCGUUGGAAAUGCGCCUCCUUUCCUCAGUGACGCCCAGGUGCAGGCUCAGGCCGAGGCCAUCACUGAGGAAGACCUGAGGCUGAUCCAGGAGAGGGAGAUGUCCAUCAGGCAGUUGGAGUCUGACAUCACAGAUAUCAAUGACAUCUUCAAGGACCUGGGGAUGAUGGUCCACGAGCAGGGAGACAUGAUAGACAGUAUAGAAGCCAACGUGGAGACUGCAGACGUGAGUGUCCAGAACGCCACCCAGCAGCUGCAACGUGCUGCAGAGUACCAGCGGAGCUCCCGGAAGAAGAUAUGCAUCAUUUUGAUAGUGCUGGCUGUAGCGAUUGUUAUUAUUGGACUCAUCAUCUGGGGUGCUCUCAAAAAAUAAGGGCUUCUUCCUCCUCUUCCUCCUCCUCUCCUCUGCCUCUCCUGUUUAGUCAUCAACCUGGGCAAAGGAUGAAGCAACGUCAUUCCUCUCCUUCUCAUCCUUCUCCUUUUCUCACCCCCCUCACGAAGGGGAGUCGUUGAGUCUGUCUUUCUUUGACUCGAUUAUAUUUUUAAGACACCGCAGUCCUCUUUGACGGGAUGGCACACUCCUUCACUGUGAAAACAAAACUAGCACAGGUAGCUUUAUAUAAUCAGCUUUAAUUGAAAAGUGUCUGAUUUAGGCAUGAUUUAAAGGUCUGAGUCUGCACCUGAUUGUCAGAUGGAGGUGUAAUGUAAACAUGUGGAGUAUUGCUGUGUUCAAUGGCAGCCAUUUUGGCUCCACCGGCUUUGAAUGUUGAGUACUUUACAGACAAUGCUUCUGGGUGCAAUGAAGCAGCAAGUUGCUGUAAGCAGGUGAGAGGGGAUUAACCUUUGGAUCAGUCAUACUGCUGCAGCUGCUUCCUUUUAUCAGGUCAGAUGUAAAAAGCUCACAUGCUAAACCUUACUCAGCAAUUAAACUUUGAAUAAAGUGCACUGUGUAAAUUUAAGAUUAAACAAAAGCCAGCUUUGGUCCAUAGCACAGUUUAACUGCACUCAACUUAUUGCUAUGCAGAGUUCUAAGUGACAAAACCCUCUUUUUAAAAAUCUGUUAUCUCCUUUGUUUUAUAGAAGCUCUAAACAACAUUCAGAACAUUAAUAUAUCAACUAACAACUAUUUGCCAUGUAAAGAUAAAGUGGAGCUAUGACACCCUGUGCUGAGAAUGAAGUGUGUUGCAAUCGGAGCGUCUCUGUUUAUUGCUGUGAUACAGUCCGGCCACAGGUCCAUGUUAGAGCAUGAGUCCCUGUGUGUGUAUCCCACAGGCUAGCUGAUUGCUGCCACUCUAACUGCACCCGUACAACAGUUGCCACUGAUAAGGGGAUGAUGUUGUUGUUGAAGCGUAGCAGCCACCCUCCAGCCACCCUCCCAGGUUAACACCUAUAGCUUUUUCAGCACUGUUGCUAUUUUUAGCACUGUUUCAGCUGUUAGCACAGUUAGCUACUAGCCACUAACUCAGUCACCUCCAUGUUGAGAGCUGUGUGGAGACAACCGCUAAAUCAGUGGUUCCCAAAAGUGGGUCGGGGGUCCAUAAGUAACUUGCUAACAUAUCAGCCUUGUAAAAAACACACUUUAUUUUUAAGUCCACUGAAUUUCCAGCACAGAGCUUUUAUUUUGAAGUGCCAUUUCCUGCUGUAGAGUGAGUGACUAACGAACAGCUACUUAACAGAAACAGCAAACUAGCUCGACACAUGGCCAAACACAAGUAUAAUGCUAAACUGCGUGGACCUUUAACGACAAAGGAGAAAUCUGGACCCUGUAGCUGCACCAGCUCUGCUCUAAAUCAUAGAUGUGCUCUGAAUAUUGUAUAGAGCCCCUUGAAGUUGUAAUUAGUUGAGAUUAAUUGUUCAUUUCUAUUAAAAUAUGUUCUUCCAAUGAUUCUAAUAUUAAUGAUAAAUCAAAAAGUACUGUACAUAUCAAUCCCAAAUCUUGUUAGGACAUUUUAUUACGCUCCAAUUUAAGCCAAUCAUUCCAUUAGGAGAAGAUUUUGUUGUUACUUUAGGUAGGUGGUGUGUUUCCUUUGUUUUUAACUAUGCAGCCGAGGGAGAUUGAAUGGACAUCGCGGAAAAUCUUUUUUAUUGAAUUACCUGUCACAUUACGGAUGAUCACACAUAAAGAAUAUCAGUGCAACAUGUGAUUGUUAAAGUUGUGUUUUAUGGUUUGUUUUAACCUACAGUACUUAGGUAUGUUUCUUUUAAAGGCACCGUACACCACACAGGUGUUUUCAGUUUCUGGCUAAUUAGACCUGAUUAUCACAGCUAUGGUUCCCUUCAACAUGUAAUCAAUCGUGGUCCAGAGGAACGGUCUAAUCAGCCCAAUGAAGUGAAAACACCUGUGUGGGUUGACAGUUUGUGUUGAGAGGCUUUACCCAUAGAAAAGUACUGAUAGUCAGUUGUCAUUGUUUUUCUGUGACUGGCAGUCCACAGUAACCGUCUUUAUCAUAACAUUCUUACAUCCAACUCAUCAAAUACUGAGGCUUGAUUGACACGUCAAACUACGGCACUCUAGGUACCUCACCAGUGUCAGUUUUGGAUGCUCGGUGAGGGCGUAUCAAUUUAUGCAAGUUACAUGCAUUGCAGCUUUUCAAAAUAAACUUUAAUUUUUGCAGGAAAUGUACCAUUUGCGCUCGUCAAAUGCAUCCCGUCUCUUUUCAGAAUGACCUCAGGACAAAUGUAAAAAAAUCUUUACCUCGUUAGGUUUAGGCAACAGAAGUACGUGGUUAGGUUUAGAAAAAAACAUCAUGGUUUGGCCUAAAACAAGUACAUUUAUUACUAGCGUAAUGCAACGUCAUGUGACAUACGUCAGUAGCGUAGCAUGAUACACAUACUAUGCUGUUAUUAAAAUACAGUGAAACUUCAAUUAAAAGCCUAGUCUCAACUAAACACCCAGUCCCUUGUACUACCCUAGUGUACCUAUACAUUUUGACAAAUGAAGACCUGUCCCAUAUAGACACCUGUCCCAAAUGAAGGCCUAUUGAUUUCAGUGAUUUAAGCAAAUAAUAGCCCGGGCUAUUAAUUGAAGUUUUACAGUAACUCAAUUGACUUUUGAUUUCACACGGGAAAGUCUCCCCCAAGAAAGUUCGGAGUACUAUGGUAGUGCCUCAGAGCAUCAAAAAAUGUUGCUGCCCGGUGCAUCUCAUAUCACCGCUAAUAAGUGCCUUGGUGCAUCGGUAUCUGAUACAAAAGGCCACUGACCAAGCCUUGGCAUUGGACGAGUUGGAAGUGAGACAGAGUUAUCUUUAUCUCUUUAUUCCUGAUAUCAAGAAACCACAGUUUUUAUAACCCAAAGUAAAGUAAAUGAAGGCAAACACUAAUAAUUAUUUGCUACAACAGUUUGACCUGUAUGUAAAGUUAAGAUCACAUGUAUAUUUUUAAUACUGAGAUGUCGCUGCCUACCACAAGCUGAAUAAAGUACCUGAAUAUACGAAACUUUAAA